UUAUCCUUGGUAAAGAAAUUGAAGUCAAGACCAGUCUUCAGUGAGAGGGCUACUGGGACCAGCAUGGCGGAUCAGCGAAGCCAGACCAUGAAACAGCUUACUGCCCUGGUAGAAAUGGGGCUUGGUGAAGCAAACCUGGGCAAUGAAACAUGGAAGAGGCUGAUGGAGUUGGAAGUGCUUGGCUGCUACAGCUGGUCUUUGCAGAUCAAGAACUCUCUGUUGUUCAAUUUGCCUCUGAUGACAAUUGCUGGAAUGGGCACAGAUAGGCACAUGGAUGUCAUGCAGCAGCUGAUGAACAGACAGGUGACGUUCUGUUUCGCGCUAACGGAGCUGUCGCACGGCUCUGACACGCGGCGCAUGCGCACCACGGCCACCUUCGAGCCAGCCAGCGGCCAGUUUGUGCUGCACACCCCUGACGCGCGUGCAGCCAAGUGCUGGGUCGGCGGACUCGGCCAGACCAGCUGGAACGCAGUGGUGUUCGCCCAGCUACACACGGCUGACGGAACCUGUCACGGCUUGCACGCGUUCCUGGUGCCCAUCCGGGACCCGGUAACGCACCUGGCCUUCCCCGGCAUCACCGUCGGCGACAUGGGCCACAAGCUUGGCCUCAACGGUCUCGACAACGGUUUUGUCAUGUUUGACCACUACCGGAUACCGCGUGAAGCUUUGCUCAACAAGAAUGGUGACGUCACAGAAGACGGGGAGUACGUGUCUCCAAUAAAAGACAGCAAUGUUCGGUUUGCGUCGUCGUUGGGCGCGCUCUCCGGCGGCCGUGUGGGCAUCACGUUCAUGUGUCAGGUGAACCAGCGGCGGGCGCUGACGAUCGCGCUGCGCUACUGCGUCGCGCGCCGCCAGUUCGGCGAUGGCGACACGGAGACGCCCGUCAUCGAGUACCCGCUGGUGCAAUGGCGACUCUUCCCGUUCUUGGGUGCGGCCUUCGUGUGGUAUCAUCUCUCGCUGUAUCUGAACGACGUGUACACCGACUUCGUUAGGCGGAAGUACUCUGGAGACAAUGCAGCAGAGAUGGCGCUGCUGGGAGCCGAGAUGCACGCCCUGUCGUCGGGCACUAAGCCGGUGUCGGGCUGGCUGGCUCGUGACUGUGUCCAGGAGUGCCGGGAGGCGUGUGGCGGCCACGGCUACCUCUCAGCUGGCCGCCUGGGCGAAAUCCGCGCCGACCAAGACGCCAGCCUAACGUACGAGGGCGACAACAACGUGCUGCUGCAGCAGCUGAGCAACUUCCUGGUGCGCGUGGCCCGCCUACCGCUCGCCGAGUCACCGCUGCACUCUGUCGACUUUCUGAAGCGGGAGGGCGCCGCUGCCGCCUGCCCGCCCCGCCCCAACAUGACCUCCCUGCAGUGUAAGAAGCCGUCACGCCCCGGUGCUCGGUUGUGGGCGUGUGGAAUCGUCCAGAUGUGGGGACGGCUGGCGCGACACCACGUCCAGGUGCACGGCGCCCGGCCGCUGGCCACCGCCUUCAUCGAGCUGUUCGCGCUGCGCCGGUUCGCCGAGAAGAUCGCCUCCUCGUGGGACGAGGACACUCGGCGCGUGCUGACUCAGCUGGCCGUGCUGUACGGCCUGUGGUCUCUCGAGAGGAACUACGUGACCUACCUGGCCGCAGGCUCGUACCUGAGCGGGCCCCAGUUCAGCCAGCUGCAGGAGGCCAUCCGGGACCUGUGCACUGCGCUCAAGCCGGAGGUCAUGACCCUGGUGGAUGUCAUCGCGCCCCACGACUUCCUGCUCGACUCAUGUCUCGGACACUCGGACGGACAGAUAUACGAGCGCAUCUUCCAGUCAUUCCUCUCAACGCCGGGCUGCACCGAGCGGCCCGACUGGUGGCAGCUGAGCUCACAGAUUACCAGCCAGCUAUGAGCGGCGGCGGCGUCGGAGGGCGGGGGGGGGGGGGAGGUUCGAGACGGCUAAACCGACCGGUAGUACCGCGGGCACCAUCCGGCGGGGCUGGCCGGCCGCGGCUCAACAGGUGGGGGGCUGUUGGGCGGCUCUGUUUAUGUGUAUGGUGGAUAGACUCGGCCUUGCGGUAUGGCGGACGGGGCCCAUAGUCCGGACUGCAGUGGGGUAUGGCGGACGGGGCCCAUAGUCCGGACUGCAGUGGGGUAUGGCGGACGGGGCCCAUAGUCCGGACUGCAGUGGGGCAUGGCGGACGGGGCCCUUAGUCCGGACCUCAGCGGGGUAUGGCGGACGGGGCCCCAUGGUCCGGACUGCAGCGCGAUGGUAACAUAUUAUGAUGGGGCUUCUAGAGCUGUAGUGUAAGGAUCCUUAAUGCUGUCAUCACCAUGUGCAAGUACUACACCAAUACUGCCAAGUGCAAUAAUGAACUGCUGAAGAAGGAUAAGUGCUGCUGUUUUGUAGCUUGUUGCUGACAUUGUCACGUUGACGUAAACUCAGAUGAUUUUUGAAUAAUGCUGCCCCCUACAAAGCAUGUUUCUUCUGGUCCAUGAUUAGUUGAUCCGUUUUGCGGCACUCUGGGAUGUCUGUGCGUGAGUGCUUAUGGUUGGCUUCUAUGUUUGCGAUGCCGUGCGCGGAAUGCGUUGAAGAUUGUCGGCUGCGACAUCAUUGCCUUCAUCGUUUUUAUCCACAACAGUACUUGCAAAGGGCUUCUUGUUGGCUUGUGUUGCGUGCUUCUCGUCUACGUUGGAAGGUCGAAUGCUGUCGAGUGGGCUGAGAUGAAUAGCACUCACUUGGGCCGAUGCGACAGCGUACCAACGUUCGUGCUUCGUGCACUAGAAAAAAUGUAUAUGACUGAGAACGGAUCUUCCGCAAUUAACCUGAAGAAGACAUUGCAAUUCGCGCGAUAUUGCAGUCUCAACUCUUGUGCUUGCCCGAAUCCCGAUUGACGUAAAGCAAUCUCACAUGAAACGAUUGCGCACUCGCCGGGCAUUACGUUACGAGGAAUAUUGUUAUAUCCGGUUGUCUGCACCUGCUGCGCUAGACCGAUGACCUUAUCUCUAUCAAGCCAGUAAUGUGUGUAGAAGUAGCUGAGCCUCGGCGCUGACUCGGCUUCCACUGACGUUCAGUUCUCACGUUCGCUCGUGUGUGGACUGGCGGCCAUGGCGUGACAGUGGGCGCCAUGCGAGGCACGCAGGCACGCAACUUUGCCAUUCAUUUCACUUCAGGUCGCCCCCUUCAAACGUCAGCUGACUUUUGUGCAAGUUCUCCCGGGUAGGGGCUGAAAGAACUGCGCUUCCAUUUCCACCGGCAGUGAAGCAAAGACAAGCUGAGCGCUGUUAUAAACGUAGAGCUGGUGGAGUUUGAGCCAGGUGCGGUACCGAUGCGUGCAGUUUUACUAUGCACCAUCCAUGCCCGAAUCUAUGUAAAUAGCACAUCCUCCAGCCGUGCACAAGUUUGCAGUCAUCGCAAACGACACAUCCGACUCAAUGGAAAAAAUCCUAUCUCCUUUUCUUCGGAUGAGGCAUCGCGUAGUACCUCGUGUCUUAACUCAGGGCUGCUACUGUUUUUUGUUGCAUGUUUAGUGUACCGCCAAUGCUUAUGCAGCGUCUUGCGAAGAAGUGCACUUAUCCGCCGUUCAAUCUUCGUAUAGUUCCAGAUAAUAAACGUGUACUCGUUGCUCAA